AUGGAAGAAAGGGCAAAAGUUCUUGAUCUUCUUCACAAAACCCUUGUCAAAGAUAUGCACUACCCUUUUUUUACAAUCAAGAGCCAUCAGAUACAAAUAUUUGAUUCUCCAGUUGAUUUUUAUUUAGCACUCUGCAAAGGAAUAAGGGUUUCUUACAAAAGAAUCAUUCUUUCUUCACUCUAUAUUGGUGACGGGCCGCUAGAAAGGUUUCUGCUUGAUCAAUUGUUCAAUAGACUUGAAGUUCAUAAAUCACUUCGAUGCAAUAUCUUGGUAGACUAUAACCGCGGUCAUAGAGGAAAAUACUUUUCAUCAUAUGCCUUAUUGAAGUCCUUGAAGGCAAAUUUUAAUCCAAAUCCUAAUGUAAGGGUGGGCUUUUAUAAGCCUCCAGUUACAAACAUAUUUCCUGGGGCUUUAUAUGGGGCGAGAGAACUUCAGGGAGUCCAGCACACAAAAGUCGCAGUUUUUGAUGACACAGUUUUUUUGACCGGAGCUAAUAUGAGCGAAAAUUAUUUCACUGGCUCCCCCCCCCUUUAAAUUGGAACAAAAUAUAGGCAAAAUUUCCACUUUUUUGGUAAAUUAACCCCCCUUUAAAUUGGAACAAAAUUUAAUUUUAUAAUAAAAAAUUAUAUAUAAUUUUUAUCUAAAAAGUUUUGAUAUAAUUUAAAUGUUUCUUCUUAACUAAAAUUAAAAAUUUAGUUCUUGUUUAAAGAAAAGAGUAUAAAGAGCAUUUUUAUAGCCCACCUACUCUAAUAGAUUGGGCCUCAAUCCUGGACGGCCAUAAGCCUAAGAAACCCUUCGAUAAAUUGGGACGAUUCCCCUAUGACUGGGGAGGGGUUGGGUUGAAAUAUAGGCUGACGCCAAAAAGGGGAUAGGGCAAAUGGCAAAGUCAGGGAGGAAAUAGCCAAUAUGUGAGAGAAGUGUACAAAGGCUCCCUUUAUCGUGGUUCCCAACUGCUUGAGAGAGAGAAAUCUGAAUGAGUCUUACCUCUUGAGUCUCUGAAUUUUGUUGUGUUCGAUCCAUUUUUAUUUAAUCUACCGAGCCAAAUCAAUCUGACAAACCAAAUAAAAAGUGAAAAUGGAAGUGGAUGAACCUCAAAACACACAAAAAUAUAACUGUGCAUCAAACAGACUUAAUGGCUCCUUUUAACUUUGAUAAGUUUCUUUACGUUAAGACCUGCACUAUAAAUUCAAAAGAGUAUAACAAUCCUCCUGCUCAAAGCUCAUCUGAAAUUUGGGAGCCAAGCUCAAUGCAAAGUGAAAAUGUUAGCAGUCCUGAAUUUCUUCAUCAAAUAAAAAGAAAGAUUGAGUCCCUAAUCGAUUUUGAUUACGCUGACCAUGCAGAUAGAGUCCUGAGCCAUGAAAGAGCCUAUCAAAAUAAUUUGGCUAUGAAUGUCGAUGAAGUUGCUAUUAAAAAAUCAAAAAGCACAAAGGAAAAUUUUAAAAUCAAGCUUUAAAUGAGAAUCAUUGAAUUCUACGAUUCUCAUCCAGAUGCCAAAUAUGUCGAUAUUGGGAAAAUAUUUGGGGUGUCCCCAUGCACAGUAAAAAGAAUAAUCACAAAGCAUAGAGAAGGAAACCCUAUUGAAGACAGAAGAAGCAAUAGGCCUCUGAGGCUAAGCAACACAGCAUCGCAGGCUUUGACAGAGGCUUGCUUAAAUGGUAAUCCAACCAUUUCAAUACCUGAGAGAGUUAAAAAGCUGAAUAGACAAUUACUAGAUGAAAAAGUGACUUGCAAUCAAGCGUAUAAAUGCAUGAAGAAGCUUGGCUAUACAUUCAAAAAAUGCUGGGAGCAUAUAAUGAGUGCCAUUAGACUUAUAGAUUUAGGCGAUUAAUUAAUAGGGCGAAUUUUUUUUAUAAAAUGGCAAAAUCUAAUCUCAGCCUCCCUCAUUUCAAUUAGGUUCAAACACUUUGCAUAUUGCAGCCACCUGAGAGUGAUGUGCAAAAACAGUGCUUGCUCCGCUCCAGCACUUCUAGCAAUUUUUCUCAGUACGAUUUUUCCAAUAAACUAGGGCAUUUUUUUUCAAGGUUUUUGAUUUCCCCCAGAACUUGCAGCAGUGUGAUUAAACUGAGCACUUCACAUAUUGUAGGUACUUGAGAGUGAUGUGCAAAAACAGCGUUUUGUUUUGCUCUAGCACUUCCAGCAAUUUCUCUCAGCACGAUUUUUUCCGAAAAAAUAGGGCAUCUUUACUAAGGUUUUUUACUUCCCCGAGAACUUACAGCAGGGUGAUUAAACUAAGCACUUCACAUAUUGUAGGCACUUGAGAGUGACGUGUAAAAAUAGUGCUUGUUCCGUUUCAUCACUUCUAGCAAUUUUUCUCAGUAUGAUUUUCCGAAAAAAAGGGCAUUUUUACUAAGGUUUUUGACUUCCCCCAGAACUUGCAGCAGUGUGAUUAAACUGAGCACUUCACAUAUUGUAGGUACUUGAGAGUGAUGUGCAAAAACAGCGUUUGUUUUGCUCUAACACUACCAGCAAUUUUUCUCAGCACGAUUUUUCCGAAAAAAGGGCAUUUUUGCCAAGUUUUUGACUUUUCCCAGAACUUGCAGCAGUGUGAUUAAACUGAGCACUUCACAUAUUGUAGAAACUUGAGAGUGAUGUGCAAAAACAGCGUCUGUUUUACUCUAGCCCUUCUAGCAAUUUUUCUCAGCACGAUUUUUCCGAAAAAAAUAGGUAUCAAUAUAUACAUUUUAAUAAAAUUGAAAAUAAAAUUUUGUCUUGUGUGCAGGAGCAAUAAUUCCCAGUGACAAAAAUUGCCCAAAGUGCUGAUGGACAAUCGAAAUAAGAAAUAAUCAUUUCUCAUUAUAUUUGUGUGUGUUUGAGGUUCAUCCACUUCCAUUUUCACUUUUUAUUUGGUUUGUCAGAUUGAUUUGGCUCGGUAGAUUAAAUAAAAAUGGAUCGAACACAACAAAAUUCAGAGACUCAAGAGGUAAGACUCAUUCAGAUUUCUCUCUCUCAAGCAGUUGGGAACCACGAUAAAGGGAGCCUUUGUACACUUCUCUCACAUAUUGGCUAUUUCCUCCCUGACUUUGCCAUUUGCCUAUCCCCUUUUUGGCGUCAGCCUAUAUUUCAACCCAACCCCUCCCCAUCAUAGGGAAUCGUCCCAUCAAUUUAUCGAAGGGUUUCUUAGGCUUAUGGCCGUCCAGGAUUGAGGCCCAAUCUAUUAGAGUAGGUGGGCUAUAUUUAAAUAAAUUUAUUAUCCUUAAUUGCUAAAUUUUAAAAAAACAAUUAAUUUUUUUUUUAAAAAAUUUUUCAUUAUUUUUUUUGAUAAAAAUGAUAUUUUUUAUUUGGAUAGUUUUGAUAUAAAUUCAUAAGGAAUUCUUUAUAAAAUUUCAAAAUUUACUUAUUUUAAAGAAUAGAGUAUAAAUAACACCUUAUUUAAACAAAAUGAUGAUAAAUUUUUCUAAUAAUUUUUUUUUUUAACUUUUUUUAUCAAUAAAAAUAAUAAUUUUUGUGCAAAUAAUUUUGAUGCCAAUUAAUAGUGGCGUAUUAACUAAUAAUGAAAAUUUAGUUAUAUCUUGCUUUGUUUUAAAGGAUAAAGAGUAAAUAGCAUUUUAUUAAACAAAUUUAUUAAUCUAACUCGAUAAGUUUUUGAAUUUUUUUUUAAUAAAAAAUUUUAUAUUGAUAUUUUUUUUUUAAAAAAAAGAAUUAACCCCCCUUUAAAUUGGAACAAAAUUUUUAGUUCCAAUUUAAAGGGGGGGGAGUGAGAGACAAGAUAGGUAUUUCUUAUUCAAAGAUCAUACAAAGUUUGCUGACUUCUGCGAUGAUACAGUAAAUUCUCUAAUUGACUGCAGCUACCAAAUGGAUGAUGACGCAAGAUUAGUUAUCCCAAAUAAUCAGCCGAUCAUAAGAGGUAAUCUUGACAAAAGUAGCAGAAGCGAUUUCAAAGAAAUGAUCCGAAAUCGCAUUAAAAUGACCAAAUUCUUGCAUAACAAAGAAGAGCAUGAGAAACAUCAGUUCAAAUCUCCAAGAGAUUCAGCUAUGGAAGAGAAAAAUGAAGAAAAAGAACUAGCAGAGCUUGUAAACAAAGAAAAAGAUUGAUCUUCAAGAUUUAAGAAAAUUUUGACGCCCGAAGAUGUAUUCAACGAAUUAAAAGACAUGCCGCACAGUUUAAAUGUCAUCACUGGAGAUGGAGGAUGAAACAGCAGCCAACUUACAGUCACAGGCGAAGAUGUUAUUAUUUUCCCAUCUAUCCAGCUCCCUCAGGCAGGAGUUAAUGAUGACCGUUUAUUAAUCGAAGCCUUACUGCCAUGCUUUUCUGAGCUCUUACUUACUUAAUUAAUUAAUUUAACUCGACCUCUAGUUGGGCCCCUAGAUGCACAAUGCCACGAGGGCAUAUUUUUUCUCCGUCUUGUCGCUACUCGCGUACUCGAGUCGGGCCUCGCUGUACGGCUCGCUCCUUCUAAUCCCCGUGAAGCCAUUUGGGAAUCCAGAAGUACGGGAAAACACUAGCGGCUUGGCGCGUUGCUCGCUCUGUCCGACUUUCCUCCAGCGCCUGUUCGGCCUAAGGGUCCUGCCUUUCAUAUCAGCAGGGGAAAGAGGUAAAACACGCUGUAUAAGGCUGGCGAGAUAAAAGAUCCUCGCCAUUUUACACCACCUUGUACAGAAGUCCACGUGUAAAAACCUAACCCUAUAAUAAUAAAAGCGGGUGAGAAGGAGAGGGAAUUCACGGAGUGAAUUACCCUAUCCGCCGAAGCCAUUUUAUUAUUAUGCUUUUCUGAGCUCAAGAUUGCUUCUGGCUAUAUGGGAUUUCCUAAUUCUUUCACUCCUCUCUUAAAGCAAGUUAAAGCUUUAGAAUUGCUCUGUGCGUCUCCUUUAGCAAAUGGCUUUUUAGGCGAUGGAGUUAAGAAUUGGAUUCCUUUCAUGUACAGAUGCCUGGAAAAGGAAAUCUUUGGCAAGCUUACUAAUGCAAGCUUGUUUGAAUAUCAGAGAGAAGGGUGAACUUUUCAUGGAAAGGGCAUUUGAGCAAGCGAUAAAUCAGGAACUUAUUUAACAGCUUUAGGAAGUUCUAAUUUCAGCAGAAGAUCUUACCUUAGAGAUGCUGAAUUUAUGGUCUAUUUGUGAACUGAUUGCCCUGCUUUUAAAAAAACAUUAAUGAUUGAGCAACAAAAAUUAUGAACUCAUAGCUACCGAGUUGGCAGAGAGACUUUUGAACAAAAACAAUUUAAAAUAGGAUUAGGAACUAAGGUAUUGACCAAGCUAUUGAGGUCAUUUCUAUAG